CCAAAGACUAGCCAUUCACUCGCCCCCUCGUCUUCAGCCUCCAAAUAAUCCCACCUCCCCAAUGGCAGUUCGCCGGUUGUGGCUCAAAUGGCCGCUCUUCAAUUUUCCCUCCAAAACUCUCUUGCAGUCUCAACCCCAUCACUCGGUUUCGGUUUCCGACCGCCCAAUUCUGGCAGACUAAUCACCCGAAGCAGAACAGUACCUUCUAAACCCCAUACCCGAAAUUCCAAGUGGGUCGUUCGAUUAAGCUUGGUCGAUCAAAACCCACCAAAAUCGACGGUCGAUGUGGACCAAUUGGUGGAUUUCUUAUACGAAGAUCUUCCCCAUCUCUUCGAUGAACAGGGGAUUGAUCGAACGGCGUAUGACGAUCAAGUGAGAUUUCGGGACCCCAUUACCAAGCACGAUACGAUUACUGGGUAUUUGUUCAAUAUUUCCCUCUUGCGAGAACUCUUCAGGCCUGAGUUCUUAUUGCACUGGGUUAAAAAGACAGGAGCUUAUGAAAUAACUACAAGAUGGACUAUGGUAAUGAAGUUUGUUCUUCUGCCAUGGAAACCACAAUUAGUUUUCACGGGAAAUUCCAUCAUGGGUAUCAAUCCAGAGACGGGCAAGUUCUGUAGUCAUGUGGAUCUCUGGGAUUCAAUACAGAAUAACGACUACUUUUCUGUAGAAGGGUUGUUGGAUGUAUUUAAGCAGCUUCGAUUUUAUAAGACUCCAGAAUUGGAAUCACCCAAGUAUGAGAUACUGAAAAGGACUACUAAUUAUGAGGUGAGGAAAUAUGCACCAUUUAUUGUUGUUGAAACAAGUGGAGAUAAACUCGCUGGGUCUGCUGGAUUCAAUGCAGUUGCUGGGUAUAUAUUUGGGAAAAACUCUGCAAAGGAGAAGAUACCCAUGACAACUCCUGUAUUCACCCAAACAUUUGAUUCAGAAUCACCCAAAGUCUCCAUUCAAAUUGUUCUUCCUUCAGAGAAAGAUCUAUACAGUUUACCAGAUCCUGAACAAGACACAAUUGGCUUGAGAAAGGUUGAAGGAGGAACUGCUGCAGUGUUGAAAUUCAGUGGAAAACCUACCGAAGAGAUUGUGCAAGAGAAGGCCAAAGAGUUGCGGUCUAGUCUCAUAAAGGAUGGUCUCAAACCCGGUAACGGCUGUUUGCUUGCUCGGUAUAACGACCCUGGACGAACAUGGAACUUUAUAAUGAGAAAUGAGGUUCUAAUAUGGCUUGAAGAAUUCUCAUUGGAGUAGACCCAAUCAAGCCAGAGGUUUUGAAGCCUUUGAGUCCUAAUUGAUAUUUUGUAUAUAUUUUGGCUGUUCUGCGAUCAACAAGUUUUGCUUAUAGUUAAGUUAGCAAACAAAAAUUUCUUGAGAUAAUGAAAGGGAUACCAUAAAAUCGCAUGUU